AUGUACAGACAAAUUAAAGUUCAUCCAGAAGAUUGGGACUUUCAACGCGUCUUAUGGAUUAAUAAAUUCAACAACCUUCUUCCUUAUCAGCUAACUACUGUGACCUAUGGUCUUGCUUGUGCACCAUUUCGUGCUCUGCGAACACUGAAGCAGCUGGUAGAAGACGAAGGGAACAAAUUCCCGCUAGUCACUCCUGUUUUGGAAAAGGGACGCUAUGUCGACAACCUUUUUGGUGGAGCCGACACUAUUCAACAAGCACAAGAUAUCGUUCAGGAGUUACAUAAACUCUGCAUGGCGGGCGGCUUUCUACUCCAAAAAUGGACAAGUAACCACCCUGCGAUUCUCCAAUCAAUUCAAUCCGAAAAAAAAAUUAAUGCAACAUCUCUGCAGAUCGAAGACGAUAUAACUGUUCAUGCUCUCGGGCUAUGCUGGAAACCAUCGAAUGACACUUUCCACUUCACACUGCAGUUAUCACCUACUAAAGUAAUGACGAAACGAGCAAUAUUGUCAACCAUUGCUAAAUUAUUCGACCCUCUCGGAUUACUCUCUCCUUUUAUCGUCAGAGCGAAGAUUAUCAUUCAAGAACUAUGGUCUAUCAAACUUGACUGGGAUGACCCGUUACCUCCACUCAUCUCUAACCGGUGGACAACGUUUGUAGAAGAAUUAAAAGCAAUGCCAAGCCUAACGUUUCCUCGUUGGUUAGGGUACAAAUCUAAUGAUGAUAUUGAAAUUCACGGAUUUUGUGAUGCAUCUCAGCAAGCGAUGUCUGCAGUCAUCUAUCUAAAAUCGAUCUCUGCAAAAGGAGAGAUACAAACAAAUUUAGUUUGUUCUAAAACUAAGGUAGCUCCCCUUAAAAGACUUACCAUUCCACGUCUGGAACUCUCAGGAGCUGUAUUGCUUUCAAAAUUAGUAUCUCACGUUCUACGAAUCUUAGAACUUGACCAUGUCCCUGUACAUCUUUGGACCGAUUCAUCUAUCACACAAACCUGGAUAAACAAUCAUCCUUCGCGGUGGAAGGAUUUCGUUCACAACCGAGUAUGUUACAUUCAAGAGACCGUACCACAAGCAAUCUGGCAUUUUGUACCAGGCCAAGAAAACCCCGCCGGCCUCGCUACUAGAGGGUUAACUCCUGCUCAAUUGUCUGACCUCUCGGUAUGGUGGACGGGGCCUCAUUGGCUACGACAACAUCCUUCAAUGUGGCCGGAAGAGCCGCAAACAGUAAAUUCCAAAGACAACCUUGAAGAACGACCAAUCCAAGUAGUAACUAUUACAGGCGAUAGAUCACUAAAGCCGUGGAAUCUCCUUAAUCGAUACUCAAGCCUAAAUCGAUUAUUACGCAUCACUGCAAUAUGUCAGCAAGUAAUCAAUCGAUUUCGAGGAACGCAAGAUUCAAGUAGAACUAGACAAAUAACUCCACAAGCUUUAGAAGCAGCAAAAUUCUAUUGGGUCAAAGCAGUCCAACAACAUUAUUUUCAACAGGAAAUUAAGACUCUUUCUCAAAAACAAUCACUACCUCUAUCUAAUCCACUUCUUCGGCUUACACCUUUUACAGACUCCAAUGGAUUGUUGCGAAUCGGGGGCCGUCUCCAAUCCUCUCUUUUGCCAUCAAGUGCCAAACAUCCCUUGAUCAUCCCUAAGGAAUCAGCAUUAACCACCCUCAUAAUAUCUGACGCACAUCUACGUACGAUGCACGGAGGCACGCGACUAACUCUCUCUUUCAUAAGAAAUGAAUUCUGGAUUAUAGGAGGCCGAACUCCUGUGAGGUCACAUAUAUUAAAGUGCGUGCGAUGUGCUCGAUACCGACAAAAACGAGCACAACAGAUCAUGGGACAACUUCCAGUUGAGAAAUUAACCUCAUCUCGUCCAUUUCUAAACUCUGGUGUUGACUAUGCAGGACCUUUUACUAUCAAGACUUGGAAAGGGAAGAACGCCCGAACCUAUAAAGCGUAUUUAGCUCUUUUCGUCUGUCACUCCACGUCAGCCGUCCACCUUGAGCUCGUUACAGAUUAUUCUACUGACGCAUUCAUGGCUGCAUAUAAACAAUUCACCGCAAGACGAGGGAUCUGCGCCACCUUAAUGAGCGAUUGCGGCACAAAUUUCAAAGGCGCGGAUGUCGAACUACAAAAUCUAUUCGCCGCAUCCUCAAACAAACUUGGAAGAUUAGCAGCAAUGUUAGCCAAAGACGGAACUCAAUGGAAGUUUAUUCCACCUGCCGCUCCUCACUUCGGGGGAAAGUGGGAGGCAGAAGUCAAAUCUGUGAAACAUCACCUCAAGCGAGUCCUUGGUGAGACCAUUCUUACUUAUGAAGAGAUGACUACAUUGUUGACUCAAAUUGAAGCUGUUCUCAAUUCGCGGCCUUUAACCCUUCUCACGGACGACCCAAAAGACUUAAAUGCGUUAACUCCGGGUCACUUCUUAAUUGGAAGCACACUAGCUAUCGUCCCAGAGCCAUCACUUGAGAUCGUUAAGAGCUCACGUCUCUCUAGAUGGCAACUACUUCGUCAGAUGUUGGAUAGUUUUUGGUCACGGUGGUCUACCGAAUGCCUACAGCGAUAUCUUGCCAUUUACAAGUGGAGCCGAUCUGCUCCAUCACUCAAGGAAGGCGCUCUUGUUCUGGUUAUCGAUGAACGAUAUCCUCCUUCAAAAUGGCCUCUGGGACGAGUUAUUCAGACUCAUCCCGGGAAAGAUGGGCAUACGAGAGUGGUCACUGUUCGCACCCAAACAACCUCUCUGAAACGACCGGUAGUUAAACUCUGUCCUCUCCCCAUCCCAGUAGAUUCACUGUAG